AUGUUAAAUAGUGAAUUAGAUGAUGAACAUUAUACAUUGAGCAUUGAGAAUCCUGAAGAGGUAAUACCAGUAGAGGAGCUAGAUUCAGAGAUGCAGAAAGUAAUUGUUUUCGAUGAUAUAAAAAUUGAUUCUAAAAACAUGAACAAAAUUAAGGAAUAUUUUAGUUUAAGUAGAAACAAAAAUUGUAAUUGUAUCUACUUGACCCAAAGUUACUAUGAUGUUCCUAAAUAUAUUAGAAGAAAUACUAAAUGCUUUAUUCUGUUUGGUGGAUUAGAUAAUAGAGAUAUUAGAAAUAUUACAGAAGAUCAUGCCAAAGGUAUUAGUAAAAGUGAGUUUAAAAAUAUCUACAUAGAAGCAACAGAACAACCAUACACAUUUAUGGUUAUUGAUAAAAACACAAAGUAUAUUCCAGAAAUUUAUCGUAAGGGAUUCGAUGGUUUCUAUGUACCAUAA